AUGAAGGACUUAUUGGAGGAGGCGAUUCAGAGGAAGUUGUGCAACAAGAAGAAAAAUGUAAAAUAUGGUGGUCCUGAUAAAGACAAUUUAAAAUCUUCGCUGCAGACUUGUAAUAAUAAAUAUAGAAAGCAGCUGAAUAAAGUUGCUUUUUUGUCUGGGUUGCCCAGGUUUGACGUGAAGAAAAACGAUACGUUAGGCCCAGGUAUAUAUAACAUAAGUUUUCUGAAGUGCCAAAGAAAGAAAAGUGGAAAGUUCCCUGCUCAAACACAAAUUUUAAAAAUAAAUUUGAAUUUACCACCUUCUAUUUACGCAGAUGGUUUGAAACAUCAUAUGAUUCAGACUCGAGUUGAGAAAAAGAUUACUGCUAGAGGACCUUAUGAUACGUUUACAGGACCUAGGGAUUCCAGUACUUUGAUGGGACUUACUGCAGAAAAAAAAUGUUAUCUCUUAUCAGACAAUUGGCCACUUCCCCUCGAGAGCUACGUAUCCAGAAGUCGUCACCAUCGAACUUAUACCAAUGUAUUCAGACAAGAGUCUCCGAGAAAAAAAAUAGAUCGCAGUGUGCCGUCAUUUUCUUGUGUAAAAAUGCCCAACUGGUUAUCAAAAAAAACAAAUAAAUAUCCAUUUAACGGAUCACAACGGAUCGGCGACAGUUCGAAAAUGAGCGAAAAUGCACUCAUCCCGGGACCGGGACACUACAAUGUCGAUAUUUAUAAGCGACGUGCAGAAAAUGGACACACUAACGUAUUUAAAAGUAUUACAGCUCAAAGGUUGGAGACGGUACGCCGAGGCUAUGGCAUAUUUGAUUAA